CGGAAAUUUUGGAUUCGACGCUUGGGCCAAUUCACCCCUUCUUACUUUCUUUGCAACACAACUACUUGAAGCAAGCCAGCCAACCAACCCUCAGAGGGAACAACAGAUGGCCGAAAGCGCCCUUGGCAAGCGCAAGGCAGAUGGCGACGACGAUGCAGGCCACGCUGGAAAGGUGUCCAAAGUCGAGGGCGACAAGGCGGGGCUGAUCGACUCGAUCCGACUAGGAAGCAUCGCGACUUAUGCAGCCCGCCGCCCGUCUGCGAUGCAACUUCCUCAGCGCCUGGCUUCUUUCAGUUACGAUGAACGUCGAGCACUACACCACGACGACCGCUCGAUCAGGUAUUACCACGCCCCACCACCGCAAGGCGAUCUGAACCGGGGUUAUGCGAAUCUCGUGCAGCGCGACGAUACCAUCAACGAACACCUGGACUCUCUUUGCUUGGCCUUGAUGCACCUGGCCGAUGCAAAGGGCGAAGACGAAGAGAGGAAGAGAACAAACGUGAUCACCUGGCGGGGCAUGAUGACGAGGCUCUGUACGGCGCUGUACGAGAAGAGAAGCGGAUUCGAGAUGAAUGCCAUGGUCGUGGGGGAUACGCUCUAUCUCGAGGAGCACGUUGGGCCCAGGCAGGCCGCCGACAAGGCUCGCCAGCAAUCUGAUGACCGUCAGCGCCGGUUCGCAUAUUACGGAUACGCCUUCGAGUCUUAUACCUGCUUCGAACGACGCACAGGGCCCGCAAGUCCUCGAGAGCACUGGGACGGCGAUGUGAACACCAAUGUGCAGUGGUGCUCCAUCGUCCGUACCAAGCUUGGGUCAUCCCGGCUCAUUCUUGGCGGCGAAGUCGACGCUGUGGACCCACACGACCACUCCACCUUUGUCGAGGUCAAGACGUCUAUGCAGAUCCGCAACGAGCGCGACGAGUCAAACUUCGAGUCCAAGCUGCUGCGCUUCUACUUUCAGUCGUUCCUUCUCGGCGUGCAGAGGCUCGUCGUGGGUUUUCGCGAUGGUAGGGGAAUCCUGAGACAUGUGAGCAACUAUGAGACGCUCAAGGUGCCGCGCUUCGUCCGCGGUCGAGCCACGGAGUGGGACCCCGUCGCCUGCCUCAAUUUUGCCGACGAGAUCUUGGUUAGAAUCAGACGACGCAUCACCGAGGACCAAGGCGGGCAAGAGACACCAUCAGUCUUUAGACUCUCUUUUGCUCCACCUUUCGACGAGGUGACCCUCCGAAAGCUCACGCCGGAAGAAGUCUGUGCCGACGUCCACGGCGGCAAGGACGAUCCCACGAGGAUGGGGUUCCUCCUAAAAGAGUACUACGACUUUGCUCGGGCAUCCCAACCGGGUGCGUAACUCAGACGAUGACAACAGCAAAUGUAACAAUAGUACAGAUUGUAACUCUAUCACAAGACCAGAGCCAUCUUGACUCUUCCCCUCUGCGUGCUCUUGUCCUUCUCAACGCCGAUCUCGACACGGCAUUCAUCGAAGAUGCCGAGCGUCACGUCCUUCUCGAGACCCGACGCUGCCGAGGGCACGGUCACUUGGAACUUUUCCGCAUCAAACUCGCAGUCCUGUUUGAACGUCACAAGACCCUCGAG